AUGGCAGACUCGGACUCAGGGUCUGACUACGCCGGUCCGUCGGCGAAGAAAGCGAAAGUAACAACUCCAAAGAAAAAGGCUGACGAAAAUGGUACUCCAAAAAAGACUCCUGCCAAGAAAAGCCCUAAAAGUAAGUAUUUGGUGUACCCCCCCAAUCGCAGCCAUACCGUUGUUUUACCUAUUGUAAGCCUUACACUAAUGAUGUAUCCGGCUCUUUUUUAAAUCUAUCGUACCCGUAUCAUAUCUCAAUAUCUCUCCUUUCAGAAUCUGCAGAAGCCUCAAAAGACCUUGAAGAUGAGGACCUGGCCGUGUUCACCAGCAUCGACAAGAACAAGGGCAAAAACUUGUCGAUUGAAGAAAUGUAUCAACGGAAAAGUCAGCUGGAGCAUAUCAUGUUACGUCCGGAUACAUAUAUCGGCUCGGUAGAGUUUUGUGACAAACAAUUGAUGUGGGUAUACGAUAAGGAUGAGGACAAGUUGGUGCAACGUGAGAUAUCGUAUGUUCCUGGGUUGUACAAAAUAUUCGAUGAAAUUUUGGUAAAUGCUGCUGAUAACAAACAACGUGAUCCUAAAAUGAAUGUCAUCAAAAUCAACAUUAAACAGUAGGUUUAUUAACUAAUAAUUGACCAUUUAAAAUGUAAAAUACAUAUCCAAAGAUGCUUUUUCAACCAAAAUUUUAAAAAUAAUAAAAAAUAAUACUUUAGAGACAAAAAUGAAAUAUCAAUCAUGAACAACGGGAAAGGUAUACCAGUUGUAAUGCACAAAGUGGAAAAGAUGUAUGUACCAGAAAUGAUUUUUGGUACUCUUCUGACUUCUUCAAACUACAACGACGAAGAGAAGAAGGUCACAGGAGGUCGUAAUGGCUAUGGUGCCAAGCUGUGUAACAUUUUUUCAACUAAAUUUACACUGGAAACUAGUUCCAAAGCAGAUAAAAAGGCUUUUAAACAGGUAUUCUUAAAUAUUUUUUAAUUUUAAGUCAUUUUAACUUCUAUUUUUAUUUAAUUUUUUAAAAUAUAACUUUCUGUUUUAUUUGGUUUUGAAUUAUAUUACAAUAUCUUGAAAUUUGCAGACCUGGGUCAACAAUAUGACAAAAGACAAAGAACCCCAAAUCGUCAAAAAUGACUCAAACGACUUCACCAAAGUCACCUUCUCACCCGACCUAAAAAAAUUCAAAAUGACAAAACUUGACGAUGAUAUCGUAUCCCUAAUGUGCCGUCGAGCAUUUGACGUUGCUGGAUCAACAAAAGGGGUCAAAGUUUACCUAAACGACAAAUUGGUACCAUGCCAAGGCUUCAAGCAGUACGUUGAACAAUAUACCAAAGGCCAAACGCACGAUAAUGAACCUUACAAAGUAGCAUAUGAAGUUGUGAAUAAUCGUUGGGAGAUCGCAUUAACCGUGUCGGACCGCGGGUUUCAACAAGUUUCAUUUGCCAACUCUAUCGCGACCACUAAAGGUGGUCGACAUGUUGAUCAUGUCGUGGAUCAUGUCGUUUCUAAACUGAUAGAAACUAUCAAAAAGAAGGUUGGCAAAAGUGGCAUUACUGUUAAGCCGUUUCAAGUCAAAAAUCAUAUUUGGAUAUUUGUGAAUGCGUUGAUCGAAAAUCCUACGUUUGAUUCACAGACUAAGGAGACCAUGACUUUACAGGUAUGAGUUGCGGAGAUGAUAUUGGGUUUGAUUAUUAGGGUUGGCUUUAUUUUAAGAUUUACGAGGUUUCGGCAAAUAAGAUUCUAAUUUUUUCAGGCCAAAAGCUUUGGUUCAAAAUGCGAACCAUCCGAAAAAUUCAUCAAAGAAGCCUUAAAAUGCGGUGUAGUCGAAAGUGUAAUGUCUUGGGUGAAAUUCAAGCAACUUGAGCAACAAGACAAGAAAUGUUCAACCAAAAAGACUUCGAAACUUCGUGGAAUUCCAAAACUCGACGAUGCCAACGACGCCGGCACCAAGAACUCACACCUGUGCACGCUAAUUCUCACAGAAGGAGAUUCGGCCAAAACCACGGCCAUAUCCGGAUUGGGUGUGGUUGGUCGGGAUCGGUAUGGGGUAUUUCCAUUACGUGGUAAAAUGUUGAACGUACGGGAUGCUAGUCACAAACAAAUUAUGGAUAAUGCUGAGAUUAAUGCACUGUUGAAGAUUGUUGGUUUACAGUACAAGUUGAAGUAUAACAAUCCAGAGGAAAUGAAGACUUUGCGGUAUGGGAAAAUCAUGAUCAUGACGGAUCAGGUCAGUUUUUUUACUUUUUGUAAUACACUGUCCUAUUCUACCUUAUCAUAUCCUAUUUUACAUCUACCUACAUUAUACUACCCUAACUAAACCAUACUAUUUCAGGAUCAAGACGGCAGUCACAUCAAAGGUCUGGUAAUCAACUUUAUCCAUCAUAACUGGCCGAGUCUGAUCAAAAACAACUUUCUCGAAGAAUUCAUCACACCAAUCAUAAAAGCCACCAAGAACAAAGAAGAAUUGUCAUUCUUUUCCAUUCCCGAAUACCAUGAAUGGCGAAACGCUACAGACAACUGGAAGACGUACAAAAUCAAGUACUACAAAGGAUUGGGUACCUCAAGUCCAAAAGAAGCCAAAGAGUACUUUUCCGACAUGCAACGUCACAGAAUCCGCUUCAAAUACAACGGUCCUAAUGAUGAUCAUGUUGUUGAAUUAGCAUUUGCCAAGAAGAACGUCGAGGAGAGGAAAGAAUGGCUAACUAAAUGGAUGGAAGAUCGUAAGGUACGACGAGAAUUGGGCGAAACUGAAGAUUAUUUAUACGACAAAGACACUAGGACCGUUACCUACACCGAGUUUGUGAAUAAAGAGUUGGUAUUGUUCUCGAACAUGGACAAUGAGCGGUCGAUUCCGUCGCUAGUAGAUGGAUUGAAACCAGGCCAGCGAAAAGUGCUGUUCACGUGCUUUAAACGUGCUGACAAAAAGGAAGUUAAAGUAGCGCAAUUAGCUGGUGCUGUGGGUGAAGCUUCGGCUUAUCAUCAUGGAGAGGUAAAUUUUUCAACUUUUUUUAAAAUUUUGUGGUUUUAAAAUUAAAAAAUGCAUUUUUUAAAAACUUUUCCCUUCUCAAUAACCUUCAUAAACCAUACUAAUUUCAGCAAAGUUUAAUGAUGACAAUUGUCAACUUGGCCCAGGACUUUGUCGGCUCCAACAAUGUUAACCUCCUACUCCCUAAUGGUCAAUUAGGUACCAGAUUACUUGGUGGUAAAGAUGCAGCGUCAGCACGUUACAUUUUUACCCAACUGAACCCGGUAACCAAAGCUCUAUUCCCAGCGGUCGAUGAAAACGUACUACGAUUUUUGUACGAAGAAAACCAACGUAUCGAACCAGAAUGGUACUGUCCUGUCAUACCUACAGUACUGGUGAAUGGUGCUGAAGGAAUUGGUACCGCGUGGAGCACCAAAAUUCCAAAUUACAAUCCUCGAGAUAUUGUUGCCAACAUACGACGAUUAAUUCGCGGCCAAGAACAAAAACCUAUGAUACCAUGGUACAAAAAGUACCAAGGUACCAUUAAUCAACUGGAUGAUACUCGAUUUGUGUGCAGUGGUGAGAUAGCUACGUUAAACGAAGAUACAGUAGAGAUAACUGAAUUACCUAUCAAAACCUGGACACAGCCGUACAAAGAGAACGUAUUAGAGCCGAUGAUGGAUGGUACUGACAAGAAUAUGAGUAUUACUGACUUCAAGGAGUAUCAUACUGAAGAAACAGUCAAAUUUGUGGUCAAAAUGACACCAGAAAGACUGGCAUACGCUGAAAGACAAGGAUUGCAUAAGGUCUUUAAGCUCCAAACAGUGAUAAAUACCACUUCAAUGGUACUAUUCGAUGCAAACGGAUGCUUGAGAAAGUUUACCACUCCCGAGGAGAUAUGUCUGGAGUUUUUUGAUACCAGAAGAAAGGUUUAUAUCAUGCGCAAAGAGUUCAACGAAGGCUGGCUAGAAGCGUUGACUUCAAAACUCAGCGAACGGGCCAGAUUCAUCAUGAUGAAGAUAAACGGCGAACUGAAGAUCGAAAACGUCAAAAAAGCUGCAAUUAUGCAAGAGCUCAAAAAACAUCACUUCAAACCUGAUCCUGAAGCCAAAUGGAAGGAAAUGAGGAAAAAGAAGGAGCUCGAAAUCUAUGGUGAAGCACUGUUCGACGAUGAAGAAGAGGAAGUUGAUCAUGGCGAUUCAAAAAUGAAGGAUUUUGAAUACUUAUUGGGUAUGAAAUUGUGGUGUUUGUCGUUGGAGGAGAAAGAAAAGCUACUGAAGGAAGCAGAAACUAUGAAGAAGGAACUACAGACGUUGCAGCUCAAAACAUGGCAUGAUUUGUGGGAGGAGGACUUAAAAAUCUUCGAAGAGGCUUUGGUUAAACAGGUAUUUUUUAAAAAAUUUUAAAUUUCAGAAAAAUUAAUUUUUAAUUUUGAUUUUUUUUUUUUUAAAUUUCAAAGAAUUAUUUUUUUUUCAUUUUCAUACAAUUUUUACAUGCUUUUUACCAAAUGUCAUUUUACAGGAAGAGAAAGAGAAAAACGACCUAGAAGACUGUCUGAAAAAAGCCAUAGCCAAGUUGAACAAGGAUGAUGCAGGCAAAAGAGCCGGCAAAAAACUGGCCAAAGGUAUGACCGACGUUAAACCUAACCCAGAAGCCCUUCGCGUUGCUCCAACGUUGGAUGCAAUGAAAGAAAAGUAUGAUAAGAAACCCAAGGAUCCUAACUCUACUCCAAGUCCACGGAAGAGGAAAAUCAAAGAAGAGGAUGAGAAGGACGGCCCGGUCGAGAAAAAAGGUAAAAAUUUUUAUUUUUAAUUAAAAAAAAAGUUUUUUUAUAAAAUUUAUGUUAGAAUAUACUUACUUCUAGCCAAAAACUCCGACAAAACCAAAGCCAAAGAAAGCAAAGGAAUACGACAGUGACCAGACUGAUGACGGUGCGGGUUCUGAUAUUGAUGAACCGUCAUCCCCAGUCACAUCGACUUCAAAACGUUUGGCCGCCGCCAAAGCCGAAAAAAGCUUCCAAGCUUUCAACGACGACGAUGACGACAUUUUUGCGGUCGAUUCGGAUGACGAAAGGCCCAAAAGUGCUACUGAACCCGCUAAAGAUGGCACAGAAUCGGAUAAAAACGGCGCAAAUUUGACAAAAAAUGGUACAUUUGGUACGCCUACGUCCAAAAAAGCUAGUACACCAGCAAAGUCAAGCAAAAAGAAAAAAGCUGUUAACAUCUCUGACGAGGAUUCUGAUGUCGUAGUUUCCGAUGAUGACAUAGACGAAAUACCUAGCACCAGUGCUACAAAUACAACAAAAAGCUCCAGACCAAAAACACAAGUUAAAGCUAGUACUGAAAAAUCGAACAACAAGCCAAAAGGCAGUGCUGAAAAGUCGCCUAGUAAACCAAAGACCAAAAAGGCUGUAAAUUCUUCCGUCGAAGAUUCAGAUGACGAUAUCAAAGUGGUUGAUUUCAAAAAUGGUACUACUGAUGUAAGUACUAAUGCAAAACCUGCUAAACCUGAUCCAAAAGACACCAAACCUACCCCAUUUAGAGGUACAAAACGCCCUGCUGCAGCUAUAAGCUACAAGGAGGACAGUAGCGAAUCAAGUUCUGAAUCCAGCGAAUCUGUGGAAGAUUCUGAUUCGGAGGAAAUGUGA